UCAGAUUCUUGCCUAACAGGUUUGUCCAAUCACAUCACAAUAUGACCAUAAAAAAGAAGAACAACAUCUGUUGAUUCAGACAGACAGACAUCAUCCUUCACUUCUCUGUUCCAGUUCCAAAUGAGUCUUCCAUGACACUUUUUAAGUUUAAAAAGUUUUAAAGACCAACGACUGCAUCAAACAUUGUGUAAAAGUGCUUAUACAACAUCGCUAAGGAAUAGGCUCGCCACACAGCACUUCGCCGGCAAUCAUUUCCUGGCUAUAAGAGUCGCAAAAAUAGACGAGCUGAAUCAUAUCUGGUGUAGCAGAUCGGCACAACUUCACAACAUCAGAUUCUGAGAGCUGAAAUGGAGGAAGGUGACUACCCUGAUUACUUUUCUUAUGAGAUCGACUGGUGGGAGGGGGAUGUAAACUCUACCCCUUUUGUGCUCCCAACUGAAUCGCCACUGUCCAGGAUUGGUGUCCGGCAUUGGAUCACUCUGGUCUGCUACCUCAUUGUGUUCCUGCUGGGCGUCCCGGGGAACGCUCUGGUGGUGUGGGUGACCGCGUUUCGAAUGCCGAACUCUGUGAACGCGCAGUGGUUUCUGAAUCUGGCCAUCGCGGAUCUGCUGUGCUGCUUGUCGUUGCCUCUCCUCAUGGUGCCGCUCACCCAGGACCAGCACUGGCCUUAUGGUGCUUUGGGUUGCAAAUUACUUAGCGGUUCGCUCUACAUGAUGAUGUAUUGCAGUGUUCUGCUCCUGGUUGUGAUCAGCUUGGACCGUUUCCUUCUGGUGACCAAACCGGUGUGGUGCCAGAACCACAGGAACACGAGGCAUGCCCGCUGCGUAUGUUUGGUCGUCUGGAUUCUCGCUCUCCUGGCCGGUUCUCCUCAGUUUGCUCACAUGGAGAUUCAUGAAGUGAGCAAGACUAAAACAUUGUGCGAAGGCAGAUACAGUAACUUAUGGCAUGCAUGGUCCGUAACUGUUAUCCGCUGUUUUCUGUCUUUUCUGGUGCCUUUCUUGAUCAUCUGCAUCAGCCAUUGGAAGGUUUACCUCACGACGAGCUCUGGCCGAGGGCAAAGAGGCAGCGACAAGUCGGGCCGGGCGCUACGUGUCAUCCUGGCAUUGGUGCUCAGCUUCUUCCUGUGCUGGAUUCCUUUGAACAUUGUGGAUAUUCUGAUGUUAAUAAUGCAAAGACCAUCCCAUGAUGUUCUAGCAAACUUGCAUCUAGCCCAUGUGCUGACGCUCUGCUUAGCUUACAUUAACAGCUGCCUGAACCCGCUGCUCUACGUAUGUCUUGGCCGCGGUUUUAAGGAAAAUCUGAUUAGUUCACUGCGAAGUGUGUUUCACUUCGCAUCCGAGGCACCGUCCCACCGAAUCAGCAUGACUGCAAGCAGUAAAUCAACCACAGACGGGUUCAGAGAGAAGCCCUUAUAAAAUCUUUGCGUGGAGAUGUGGAUCGAAAACCUAUUCAAAUAAUACCCUCGGGAAUCAUUUGUAGGUUUAUAGAAAGGUUUUUCUUUAAGUUUAUGACUCACUACUGGACAUGCUGCACAACAAAAUGAACAAACUUGGUCACCAGUAACUAGUAUAGUAAAACUCUGUAACAUUCUCGCACAAUUUUUUUUCAAACUAACCAAUAGCCUAUAUAACCAUUUCCUGUCAUAGCUAAUCAAAAACAACAGUGCACAGUUCACUAUUUUUGCCCUCACGUGAUCUUGCGUUUUCCUGCUGGAAUGAUUAUAUCCCGCACAAAAAAAAAAAAAAAAAAAAACAUAUUCAAGCAUUUACAUUAUUUGAUUUAUUAUUUCUGGUCUACAAAACCGAUUUCAAUCCGAUCAAAAUUUCAUUCAGAACAAGCUGAAGGCCUCAAUGAAGGCCUUUCAGUCCGAUUGAGCCAUCAAUCUGAAUAUACAUGGAUUAUUUGGGUGCAUGUGAAUGUAGUUUAUGAUGCAUCCGUGACGGGUUUGAUUCAUCAGUAAUCAUGUAAUUCAAUUGAUUAAAAUAUUAAUAACCAUUUCAGGCAAAUUAAAAAUAAUUUUAAAUAUUUACGUUUGUACAUACAGCUUGUGUAUAGAUUUCCUGUAAUCCCUUGUAUUAAUUUUAAAAUUUAAAAAUGUCCUGUUGCAUUAGUUAAUUAUUCAAAACUAUUUUGCGAUAUAUGGCACAUAUAAACCUUUUUCAUCACUGACACAACUAAAAUGUUGUAAUAUUUGCUUCAUUGUUAAAAGAAUGUUCUGGAUUAAAUACAACAUAGAUACAAAUGCAACUAUUGAUUACCACAGAAACUAAUUUUGGCUGUUUGUAAAUUCGGACAAAAAUGCAGUUACACUCUUAUGGUAGCUAUAGUGCGAAUGUAAGCUGCCACACUGAAAUAAAUGUUAACAACAUACUGCAUCAAAGGUGCACACAUAACAAUUAAGGUAAACUUUCGAUGUGUUUUACACAUUAGCAUGAGAAAAGCUGAAUUUCCCAAGCGUAUUUUGUCCUUCGCGGUUGUAAAAUGCCUGCUGCUCAUGAGCUUGACUAACCAGUAGAGGCCUGUAAAGAGUGAGUGUUAAAACCAAAAGCUGUGGCUUUUGGUGUAUAUGGUUGAGUUUCGAGGCCAUAUAUUUAAAUUCACCUGCAGCUGCUUUAAAAAAUCCACCCUAACUUUCUGUUUCUGACACAAAUCAACACAGAAAAAAAUGGCAAAUUCAUAUAUUGUUACAAAGUAAUCCAUUAUUAUGGACACUCAUACUGAAUACCAUAAAUCAUGGCAAAAUUAUGGCAAAAAAAGUGAUUUUGAAAGACACUGUUAAAUUAUUUUUAAGCCAAAAUGUUGUCUGAAUGGGUAGAGAAAUGGGUUAGCAACCUUUCUAACUGCACUACAAGGCAUCCAAAUAUAACAGCACUCCAUGGCAACUGAAAACAAUACAGAAAGCUAGCAAGGAACCGAAUUCAUAUGCUUUAACCUCUCCUGUUUAAUCACUGUGGAUUGUAAAUUUGUGUUACUGUAGCAUUUGUGUUUAUCAGAAGUCAUUUGUAGAUAUAAUCUGUGUUUGAAUUGAAGGGUUUGGGGGCUCUGUGUGUGUGUGGGUGGGUGGGGGGAUGCAUUAAGGGACCCCCCAUAACACCUAAAAAAAAUACUUGGGGGGUCCCCUGGUUUUUCAAUAAAACUAUAAUACUUGAAACAUGAAACUAGUGAAAAUGAAAAUUAAAUGAAAAGAUUC